GGGAAGGAGCAGCAUCGGCGCCGCAGGAAAGAAGGAGAGAGAGGGAGAGAGACUGGAGGAGAAGACACGAAGCCUCAUCUCUGCUCGGAGAUGAAAGACACUUUUAUCACACACUGAACAAUCGGAUCUCACUUGGUGCCGCAAUGUAUUUUGGUAAUGUGUGCCACAGCACUCUGCCGCCGCUGGCUCGUCCCACGCUGGGCAGGACCCAGCCCUCCCCUGACCCGAAAGCCCUCCUCCCCCUCCACCUGCUGCCUGGAUUCACUGACAUGGAUCAUAUACAUAAAGCUCUGACUGGCCCAGGCUUUGGGCUAACCUCACCCUUAAUAAGAAAGCCCAGUUCCUGCGGUGUCUGUCGUCUUAGAUUCAACUCUGAGGCUCAGGCUUCCUCCCAUUAUAGCGGCACGAAGCAUGCGAAAAAGCUGUUAGCUCUGGACGCCCCAGAUUCAAAGAUCAGGACCUGCGAACCGGUCUCCAAGGAAACUGCAGUCCUGUUGUCGUCGUGCUCACGGCCCUCCAGCUCUGACACAACAUCAGGAGAGCCUUCAUCGCUGAACUCUACCUCAGAAAUGGCACCAUCAACCAGUGGCUCCACUGAAACUGUGAAAGCACCUUCUGACCCUUCCUUGUCACCCAUUUCAAGGACAACAGAGAAAGAGGCACCAAAAGAUGGAGAGGUGGAGGCUCCAGGAGAGGAGACCGAAGAAGCAAAAGCUAUACGUCUUCUGUACUGCUCUCUCUGCAAGGUGGCUGUCAACUCAGCCUCCCAGCUUCAGGCCCACAACAGUGGCACUAAGCACAAGACCAUGCUCGAGGCCAGAAGUGGCGAUGGAGCCAUCAAAUCCUUCCCCAGGAUGGGGGUCAAAGGCAAGAUGGCUGCACCGUCUGAGUCAUCGACAGGACUCCAGAAUAAAACUUUCCACUGUGAGAUCUGCGACGUGCACGUCAACUCUGAGACUCAGCUCAAACAGCACAUCAGCAGCAGGAGACACAAGGACAGAGCGGCAGGUAAACCAGCCAAGCCUAAAUUCAGCCCCUACACUCCCACCCAACGUCACCAGAGUUUCCAGGCAAUAAGGCUGACUUUACGAAAGAACCAAGAUCUGACCAAGCCUCUGGCGUCUUGUGUCCUCCAGCGUCAGCUCUCUGUUGCUGCCGCCGCUGCUGCUGCCAUGGCGUCUUUGCCCCCGUUCCCUCUCCCGCCUGCAUCAAACUCGAACCCCGCCCUGUUUCACAGUCAAUCCCUCCCCCAGGCCCUGCUUCAUCCGGCACCCGGACCCAUCUGCUCAACACACACGUCUGUUCUGUUUUCCCCCUACUGACCUGGCCGAUGUCUCUAUCGCUUCUGAACUACAGCUAAAAGCAGACAUGAGGCCCGAACAAGAUGUGAUAUAAGCCAGUGCCCUUUGUACUUCACAUGCCAACAGACACCACGGGUGUCACGGACCAGACAUUUGCUGCGGUUAAAACCACAAGAGUGGGUCAGAUUGAGGUAGCAGAUGGGCGAAGACAGAGUAUUUUGAAAUGUGAGAGAGUGUGUGAAUGCUACCGGGUGCGUGGACACACGUAUUCAUCACAGAAGUGCAAGUUUUUGCUCUAUUUUGUAGCACUUUUGCUAAUAAUCUGUGACGCAUUAAAGAAAUUCCUCUCUCUCGAGAUAUAUAUAUAUAUAUAUAUAUAUAUAUAUAUAUAUAUAUAUAUAUGUAUAUAUAUAUAUAUAUAUAUAUGUAUAUAUAUAUAUAUAUAUAUAUAUAUAUAUAUAUAUAUAUAUAUAUAUAUAACAAAAGAUGCAGAAUAGCAAACUUCCAUGAUGAAUAUAGCUGUGUGUGUUUGUAUGUGCACAUGAAUGCUAUUCAGAGCAUGCUUAACUAUUAUUUUCCAAUUUUAAAAAAAUUGCUGGGGACUUUCACAUCGAUUGCACAAUGUUCCUACUUUUCUUUCUGUCUGAGGGUUAAUGCAUCCUCACGAGGUUAUUGUUGAAAAUGCUCCAAAAAUGUGCAAUUUGUCAAAUAAAUAAGUGCAAUAAUGAUUCAAGUUCAUGCUGUGCUCAUGUCUUUGUCGGAUGGAAAUUUAAGCAUCAAAAAGAUGAGAGCGUACCCAAGAAAUAAACAUUUGACUUUCUCAUUUCAA